UUCAGCGUCACUCUGAAGAAAUGAAACUUAAAGUUUGUCAGGGUGUCGACCACGCAGCCGUCCAGAAAGGUCUCCGUUUCUCUUCAAAGAAAUUAAAUUAACUUCAUCCAAUCUUUGUCAACGACACAGCAGAGUCUCUGCAAACACUGAUAUGGCUGCUGCAAACUAUCAUCGGUCUGAGGAUCAGUUUCUCUGCUCCAUCUGUCUGGAUGUGUUCAAUGAUCCUGUUAGCACAUCAUGUGGACACAACUUCUGCAAAAACUGCAUCACUGAACACUGGAACACCAACGACCAGUACCUGUGUCCAAUGUGUAAGACGGUUUUCAACACAAGACCUGAGCUGCACGUCAACACUUUGCUCUCUGAGAUGGUUGGUCAGUUCAGAGACAAAGCUCAGCAGGAAGCCAGCAGCAGCAGCUCAGAGCUACAAGAGUCCAAACCAGGAGAAGUUCUCUGUGACGUCUGCACUGGACCCAAACUGAAGGCCCUGAAGUCCUGCUUAGACUGUCUGGUCUCCUACUGUGAGACUCACCUGGAGCCUCAUCUGACAGCUUCACGUCUGAAAAGACACCAGCUGAUCGACCCUGUGGAGAACCUGGAGGACAGGAUGUGUACGAAGCAUGAUAAACCUCUGGAGCUGUUCUGUAAGACCGAUCAGACCUGUGUCUGCAUGCUCUGCUCUGUUUUAGACCACCAGACACACAAGUUUGUUCCUUUGAAAGAAGAAUAUGAAGAAAAGAAGGCAAAGCUGGAGGAGACAGAGGCUGAAAUUCAGCAGAUGAUCCAGAAAAGACAACUGAAGAUUCAAGAGAUCAAACACUCAGUGGACCUCAGUAAGGACGAUGCAGACAGAGAGAUGGCAGAAGGUGUUCAAGUCUUCACCGCUCUGAAGGAGUCUGUUGAGAGGGGCCAGGCCGAGUUCAUCGACACGAUCGACAAGAAGCUGAAAACAACAGAGAAACAGGCCGAAGCUUUCAUCAAAGAGCUGGAGCAGGAAAUCUGUGAGCUGAUGAAGAGGAGCACUGAUGUGCAGCAGCUCUCACGCUCUGAAGACCACCUCCAUCUAAUCCAGAGAGUCCAGUCUGUUAACUCUGCUCCACCCACCAAAGACUGGACAGAGGUUAAUGUCCGUCAACCGCUUGACGAGAGGACACUGAAGAAAGCUGUGGCUCAGCUGGAGGAGACUCUAAGGGAAGAGAAGAAGAAGUUGGUUCAAACUGAGCUGAAGAGAGUCCAGCAGUAUGCUGUGGAUGUAACUCUUGAUCCUGAUACGGCACAAUCUAAUCUCAUCCUGUCUGAAGAUGGGAAACACGUUCAUCAUGGUGAUGUGAGGAAGAAUCUACCAGACAACCCACGGAGAUAUUCUUCUGCUCCUUGUGUUUUAGGAAAGCAGAAUUUCUCUGCAGGCAGAUUUUACUACGAGGUUCAGGUUAAAGGAAAGACUGAGUGGGAUUUAGGAGUGGCCAGAGAGUUGAGUAAAAGGAAGGGAAAAAUCACACUGAAUCCUCAAAAAGGUUUCUGGACUAUAGGUUUGAGAAAUGGAAAUAAGUACGAAGCUCUUGAUGACUCUUCAGUCCGUCUCUCUCUGAAGUCUGGUCCUGAGAAGGUGGGGGUGUUUGUGGAUUAUGAGGAGGGUUUGGUUUCCUUUUAUGACGUGGACUCUGCAGCUCUGAUCUACUCCUUUACAGACUGCUCCUUUAGGAUGAAACUCUUCCCUUACUUUGGUCCUAAUCCUAAUGAAGGAGGUAAAAACUCUGCCCCUCUGAUCAUCUGUCCUGUCAGAGUUAAAUAACCAUUUCUCUGAUUGCUCUUGUUUCAUCAAACUGAACAAAGAUGCAUGUUUGGUGGCAACAACUUAUAUUAUACAUCUUAGUUUCAAGAGAAGGUGUUGAGGGUUUGGCACAAUACAUACUCUUUGAUGAUUUAAUUCAAGUUCUUAUGGUUUGUUUGUUUUGAAUUUUACUGUUUAGUUUUUUUUGUUCCCAUUACACAGAGCUGCCAAGUGUCACACAUUGACCCUCAGAGUCAUCUUCACACAGUCACACGCUAACCAUCAUAUAAAUUGCCCCUUUUCAUGUUAAAUAUAUUUCCUCACUUGCUGCUUGCUGUACUACUAAUAAUAAUAAUAAUACUAAUACAUUUUAUUUAUAAGCGCCUUUCUGGACACACAAGGACAUUGUACAACAAUCAACAUUUAAAAAACAACGAUGGAUAAAAUCAGCAUACAAAAAAUAAAUGCAAUGUAGGACAGUGUAAUUACAGGUAAAAUGCUAGAGUAAGUAGGAGAUCUUGAACAGAUGGGUUUGAGUCUGGAUUUGAAAAUGAGGGUACUCAGGGCCCUAUAGGGCUCAACAGUGACUGCCCACCUUUCAGUGGCUCUGGUUCCAUGAGUAAAUUUCCCAAUUCAAAUCCUCUCUUAAUUUUUCAUGAAAUCCUUAUAUCAAGAGAUUGGCAACUGGAACCAAGACAGUCAGCUACCCCAAUACUAGUGACUAUAGUACAUGUAAUUAGGCACCAAACGGCAUUCAAAAUGGAAGAAAUGGCAAAGGUACAAGACUGUGUACAUAAUUUUCGUCCGUAGUCAAGGAACUAUCCAACCCACAAUCCAUUGGGAAUUAUAUAGUUUCUUCUUAAAAGUAACUUUGGUGGUUGUUAUCGUGUUUAUACUGUUAAUACACGUUUUGUACUAUCUUGUAGUUUGUGUUGUGGAAAAUUUAAACUACAUUCACAACGGCAUGACAAAGUUAUUAGUACUUUUCGUGUUAGCUAACUAACUAGCUAGCCUGCUUAUGUGUUCAUAUGCGACACCAAGGGGCUGGAAACAUUACCAUGGUAACAGCAAGCUCAACCAAUCAGAGACGUCACUGUGACACUCGUGGGUAGUGUAUUUCUUUGCCCCGAUAUCGCAAAUAAUUCUUGUUUUUCUUAAAACGAGGUUGAUAUCAUACGAGCUCGUGUCUCCAACAGGAGCUUCAACCAUUGUUUUACGCUCAGGUAGAGCAUAAGUCUACCUUGGAUAGUUAUGACAUUAUGGCUAAUAAUCAAAUCCGCUAUGGAGAAAAUUAAUGGAAUUUUUCUUCCAGCACCACACUGUUGAGCCCUAUUCUGCCUCUUAUUGGCAUACCCUGAACCAAUAAUCAACAGUCCUCAUGCCUAAAUCUAACCAACCUAACGAAAGGCAACGAGUACCAACCAAUCAGAGGCAGAGUAGGGCGAGUCAUGCCUUCAUGGCGGUCCAAACCAGCAAUGAUCCAGCGGAACCUAUGAGACAAGAGAACUCAGGAGCUUCCGGGAAGAUACAUGGUUAGUAACUUAAAUGGUAAAUGAAUAAUAAUAAGCUGUGAAUUAGCAAAGGGCAGGAUUUAAGAAAAUAUGAACAACAUCAUCACAGUCUAAUCUUAAUGUGCACUUUGUGUAUUCAUUCUAGUCACUAAUCUACUGAUCACUGACCUUUUUUAAGCUGCAUCCUUAUACACACAAACUUUUUGGAGAGUUUUCAUGUAAACCUUUGUUGAACACAUUUACUUUAAAUUCUGGAGGGAAGGAUUCUUUUCAAUCACAAGGAACAUUUCCUUUUGAAUUUGCAUGUAUGAUGAAAGACAAUGAAUAAACAGUUGUUCCAAAGUUAAUCAACAGAUUGAUUUCUCUGAUGUCUGAUCAGUUUUGAUAAAUCUUUGUUGUAAGCGCCAUUUUCCUGUAAUAAGUUUGUUAUUGUUUGAAUUAUAUAAUUAGCAGUACAGCAGAGAAUAUAUUGGUAUUUAUCUCAGGAAUAUUUAUGAAUAUUUACUGUGAUUAUUUCUGUAUUUUACUCUUAAGAUUUGUUGUGAGACUUCCGUAGUCACAUGAUCAAGAGACAGGAAGUUAAGUGUACUGUUGUGAGUUACGCUGUCGACAUAAAUAAACGAGUGACGGCGGAGCAACGCAGUAGUUUUACCAUGGACAUGGGAACAUGUGUACCAAGCCGACUCAGCAUGUAAAACAAUGGGCCUCAUUCACUAAUACAUGUGUAGAAAUGUUCUUACUCUGCGCAUAAAAUAAGAUCACCGUCAGAUUCAUGACACGUGUGUACCAGCCAGUUUUGUUCUCACCACCUCGCGUAUGUUAGUGAAUCAGAAUCAUUCUAAAUCAGCAGGCGCGCCCGCAACCUGCAAGCAGCAUAUUACCACGCCCCCAUCUCUCCAUACAAGAACAUCUGAUUGGUGUAUCAGGACGAGAGCAGUGAGGUGGAGACACGUAGAAGUCACAAGAAACAGCCUCAAAAGUAAAAAAAAAAGAGCGGUGUGUCUGGGGACUUAGAUGCUGUUUCAGGGAAUGACAUAGUUGCAGCAAUUCUGUACGUGCCUUGGCGGUCGGAAUCAGAAUAAAUUUAUGUAAAAAUAUAUCGAUGUAUCUCAGAUUUGUGCGGCAAAUGUUCGUACAAAUGUGAAUGAGGCACAUUGUCACGUCGUCACUUCGUGGUUAAGAAAAAAAUAACUUAAGAUUCAAGAAGAAGGCAGAAGAUAACCACUACAUUUGUCAAGUCAGUCUGUAAUAAUGUGAUUCUUUGAAAAAUAAAGGUUUUUUUGCACCA